AUGACCAGCGAACGCAGACCUUCCGGCGCAUACCACCUCACCGGCUCACAGCUCGUCGAAAAAGUCGAUGACCUUAGCUCCGGAGGCAGAUGGGAAGAAUUGAACCGUCGGGCUCAUCACGCUGAUACGGGUGAAUCGCAGCAGCAACAGCAACAGCAGCAGUCGGGUUCGAAGGCGCCUCCCGACAGGUCCCAGUCUUUUAGGCCGUAUAAUCCUAAUCAAGACCAAAGCGACGACCUGCAGCCGGAUGAGUAG